GGAAUUAAUUGUUAUAAGCCCUGAAUAUGGACGCCACUGGGAACUUGGCUAUUGCAUAUAUAUACACACCCACACUACCUCUCCUUUAAAAUUCCAUUAUUGAAGCUUUUCUUUUGAGAAUACAGCAAUGGCGGGGCAAAGCUACGAACAGAGAAAGACAGGAACGGAGUCAGCUGCAGAGGCAUCCGAGGAGCUGAAGCGAAAGAAACGCAUGAAAUUGGUGGUAUACGCAGCAGCUUUCGCCAUUUUCCAGACAAUUGUCAUCUUGGUUUUUUCACUUACAGUGAUGCGUAUCAGAAACCCCAAGUUCAGGCUCACCUCUGUCACCGUCGAGGAUCUCACGGCAGCCCCUAGCCCUGUUUCCUUCAACAUGAAACUCAGCGCCCAAGUUUCCGUCAAGAACUCAAACUUCGGCCACUUCAAAUUCGACAACACCACCAUUUGGUUCGAUUACGGGGGAGUUGGAGUUGGGGAGGCAUUUGUUGCAAAAGGAAGAAGCAAGGCAAGAUCCACCAAGAACAUGAAUGUGACCGUGGAGUUGAACUCAAACAAUAUACCCAAUAAUUCAAGCUUGGAAAGUGAGAUUAAAGCAGGGUUUAUGGCACUGACAGGCCAUUCCAAAUUGAGUGGGAAAGUGCAGUUGAUGAAAUUGAUCAAGAAAAAGAAAUCUGCAGAAAUGAACUGCGCCAUGCUAGUCAACUUGGUGACCAGAGCUGUCCAAGAUAUCAACUGCCGUUGA